CGGUAGAGCGAGACUCACAACAUGUCUCAUGGAAGAGCAAGACUGCGCCAAGUCGUUACUGUUUGUUUUUGUUGACAUUUAAAAAGUCUUUACCUAAUCUGUGAUUUGAUGUGUUUAAAUUGUUCUCGUUGCGUUUUUCUCUUGCAAUACGUGUUAAUGGUUACAAACAAUGACUAGCGUGCUUAUUUUUCUCAACGUCUUGUGUGUGGACUGCAAGCUUUUCUACUCUCAAGGGACUGCCGAAAUUCCAAAGUUUGCAGAGUGAGGGACUCGAGACGGUGUAACACACUUCUAGUACAUUUACGCACUCGCUCCCAGGCCCACGCUGUGUGUGGCUAGGUGUUCAACAUGAAGUUAUUGUUUGAAGAUCUAAGAUAUUGUGGUGUGAGGCUGACCAGCUGUGUCAGCCCUCAAUUUCAUCUGUCAAAAUGAGUGCUCACCGUCAUUCAACAAUUUUCAAUGAAAAUUGUCCUAGACCUCCUGUUCCUGGAGAGGAAACGGACGUGGGCUUACCACCUCCAGGAUACCCAUAUCCGCCACCAUGGACUUUUCAGAGAAAAACAGAUUCACCUGUGCUGACCCCACGCAGAUCCAGCCUAGCUGCUGGGUCUCGCCACACCACAGUGGCAGACCUAGGUGCUCCAUUGGGCUUCGAGCCCGAAGGUAGCUGUGGAGGUGGGGAUAUCAGAGGAAGGUAUCCCCACGAGCAACCUUCACCCCCUCCUUAUUUACGUUGGGCUCAAAACUUACAUUAUUUAUUAGAAGAUCCAGAUGGUGUAGAUCUAUUCCGUACCUUCCUGAAACAAGAAGGACAGUUAGACACAUUAAAUUUUUGGUUUGCAUGUGAGGGCUUGAAAAAGCAGACUGAUCAGGAACGUGUGAGUCAAUUAGUCAAAGUUAUUUACAGAAAAUAUUUACAAAAAUCUCAACUAGCUAUUACUGAGGAUCUUCGUAAAGAAGUAAUUUGGAGAGUGAAAGAAGAGGGCGAGAUCCAUUCUGGUGUAUUCGAUGGAGUUCAGGCAGCUGUUGAGCAGCUCAUCAGCAAUACCACCUAUCCUAACUUCUUAAAGUCAGAUCUCUACCUUCAGCAUGUCCAGUCUAUGCAGAAUGGUCCAAGUGAUAAUGGCGAAUCACCUUCUUCAAGUGGGAGCAAUAGCAGCCCUCCUGGUUUGGGAGGCUGCCCGCUACCCACCCUCCAUGAGGAUGCAGAGCUGUCAACAAAUCCUCUCUCUGCAUCCUCCAUGCCUCCCCCAUCACUACAUGGGGGACCUCCCUUGCGGCUCACUAAAGAUAUGCUCAUGGCAACAGAGAGAAGAAGAGCCACAGAGCUCAAGCCCAAACCGGAGGCUUAUGCUGGGAUGUAUUUGCAACGCCCAUACCACAGUCCUUUCCUUUCUCACCCCAACAACCCUCAUGUGUUGUACAAUUCCUACAAUCCUGUAUCACGCCAAGAUAGUGAACUCCAAUCAUUAAGCUCCGAUGCACGUACUGAGUCAGACAAUAUGUCUCUGACCGACAGCUCAAUUGAUGGAAUGUCAUCUAUUGGCAGAUCUAGAACUUCAAGACGUCAACAUUUGAGACAUUCAAGGCAGAUGAAGGAGAGUGCAAGUAUCAAUCGGGAUCCAUUCUCUCAUCGCACCGUUAUUCCUCGCACUCAAAUUCUUCAUAAAGAUCAGACCCAUUCUUUGAAGCCUGAUCAAUUUGCUGCUAUCUUGAUUCAAAAGCUAGAAAGUGUUAAAAAGGAACAGGAUGCUCAAGACAAGUUAGAUAGGAAGUUGUUAGAAAAUGAUAUGGAUCGUGAGGAUGCAGUUGGCUCGGAAUCUGGUGUAGGUGAAACAGCUGUAUCAUCUCGUGCGCUAGCUGAUGCUCUUAGGGAAAAGCUAAUGAUUGAAGAUGAUAAUGACCAAGCUAUCCUAGAUCAACAUGUUUCAAGGGUCUGGUCAGAUCUUACACCAUCCAGAUCCCCCGGCUUCAGUUCACCUAGACCGAAAAGUCCAGAUGCAAGAAGACGAGUACCCACAGCUGCAUCGACCCUUCUUCCCUCCGCCAAACCCACUGCCUCGGGACCCGUGCCACACCCUUACCAAGCUAGGCCCAGCUACAGUUCGAGACACAUUCGGAAAGAAAAGGACGUGUUCUCCACCUUCUCGUCCGACUCGGGCAACGUGCACGACUACAUGGAGGGCUCGGAGCACAAGCACCACGUGCCCAAGAGCAAGUCCGUGCCCGACUACGUGGAGACCCUCAAGCAGGAGGGCUACCCGGACGCGCGUUACCGCGACCGGCCCGGCACGUGCCGCAGGUCCGUCAGCCGUAAAACGCUGACGGACCAAACGGACAGCGGUGUGUCCGUGGUGUCUGACACCCCGCCGGCGCUGGGCGUGUCGGCCGUGCCCGGCGUGCCGACGCAGAUGAAGGACAGCAAGGUGCUCUCGUGGCUGCUGGAGAGCGAGCGCGAGAAGCAGCACACGGCGACGGGCGACGGCUCGUGGCACGCGCGCAGCGAGAGCUCCUCCAAGCACCGCGCCCGCGUGGCCAGCGCCACCUCCCCCAUCACGCCCAGGCACAGCCGCAAGUCGGUGGCCGGCUCCACCUCGGCGCACUCGCGCUCGGACUCGCUCGAGAGGGGCGUCGCCAUGGGGCCCAUGGGACCCAUGGGGGCCGCCGGGGUGGGACCCGCGCAGCCCUUCGUGGCGGACCCGAGCAUGCCGCCGCUGCCGCAGCCGCACACGGCCACCCAGCUGGAGGAGGCCAGGAGGCGGCUCAUGGACGAGAGCCACCGUCAGCGGCCCAGGUACAGCGUGGGCAGCAAGGGUGAGCCGCACUCCAACCCCUCCACUCUUCGGCGUACCAGUCGGCCUGCUAGUGGUCGCGCUGACACCCAAGACAGCACGACAGUUGUCUUCACUUUUUGUGAAGAACAGUUUCCGUAUAGGACUAAAAUUCCAAAUAGUUCUGUAACCUUAAGACAGUUCAAGGAAUACCUUCCAAAGAAAGGAAACUAUAGGUAUUUCUUCAAGACCAACUGUGAAGAAUUGGACAUGCAAGUGAUUCAGGAAGAGGUAACUGACGAUAAUGAUCUGGUUCCUCUUUGGGAGGGAAAGAUCAUGGCUCAAGUGAAACCAAUUGAUUAAGCACAAGAAAGAAGAGCUCUCUAACCAGAGCUAUCUUCAGUUCUUGUGUAUAGUUCUUGUACCUCGUUAAUUUUGAGACUGUCUUAAAAUGUGACAUAACUAGGCAUUAGCUGACAAUAUAUCUCUCUUUAAAGAAAUCUUAUUUGUUUGAAGAGAUGAGCACAUUUGUAUAUAAUAGAUAUUGUAUUUGAAUUGAAUCCUUGGGGAGCUUUCUGUCAUGUACAAUGAAAUGCAUUAAAUUGUAUAUAAUAGUCUGUAUGAAAAUAUAUUUUGUAAAUAAGCAAAUGCCUUAUAUGAAAUGAACUUGAGCAUCUCCUCAUUUUAAUGCAUUUUAUUGGUAUCAUGCCAUAUAAAGUCCCAUUUGGAUGUAAAUUAUGUUCAUUCUGUUUCAUAAUGAAGUUGUGAUUUAAAUUAAGACUAAAUUAUGUAAAUUUGAACAUGUCUUGCCGAAAUUCAUGUGUUCAUGUUUUAGAAGGGCGUUGUUUCUGUUAAAAUUUUGGAGAGUUGUCAUUGUUUCCCCAAAUUAUUGUUUUUGAAAUUUAAUUAUUUAUGUUUCUUGGUUCUAUGACAAAUCUUCCAUCUCACUAAAACCACAAGUACAAAGCCAAACAUGAGAUAAUUAAGAAGUUGUGCCAUUUUAUUCUGUGUUUGGGAAGUUUUGAGGUAUCUUUACUCUUGUGCUUUCCUGUUUGAGAUCCAUCCGUAGACAUUUCAUCUUACCUUUUUAAUAAUGGAGUUACCUGAUGUCCAGUUUCUGUUUGUUAUUUGACUGGUAAUUUUUGCAAUCAAGCUGUAAUUAUUCUCCUUGUCAAACAAUUGAGACUGGUUAAGGGUAGAAAAUUCAUGGAUUAUUAAUAACUGGUGGGCACUUCAGCUAUGCCGCACCCACUGUUAUGUUCCUUACCUAUUUAUCUAGUAUUUUGAUUUCUCGAACACUGCCUUUUAAGGACUUUGAAUUUGGUGAGCUCAGCUCACAUUUAGCCGCUACUGGUCAUUGUGAAUGAAUUGUGUAGGGAACAGAAGCUGUUCUAAAGAUGCCUUAAGUGGAAAUUGAUUCAAAAUUAUAUUUUCAUGAUAUAUUUUUAUCUAUCUAGAACCAACAAUGAAUAAGAACACAGGUGCUAAGUGUUUAAAUACUGUAUCAAUUUUUAUAAUCUGUUUGGACAGACAUACUCUUAAUUCAACCAUUGACUCAAUGGUGUUUUCUUGAAUCAUUUGUGCAUUUCAAAUAUCUCAAAACUGAUAUUUGUCUCAUCAUGAAAAUGUGAUAAUUUAACAACUUCUUUUUUAUGGAUGUUUUUACAUGAUAUGUGAGCAGCAACUGUUAGUGCUUUUUAUUGAUUGAGUGUAAAAUCAGCAUGAUUUUUAAUUCACAUAUUCCAUGUAAAAUUACCUGUUAAGGCAAUUGAGAGGGACAUUUCAUCUGACCUACUUUUAACUUAUAUUGAGCUAGUCACAAUUUAUUUCGUUUGAUAUUUAUUCUUAAUUUGGAGUAAGCAAUAAUUAGCUACAUGAAAUGGCCUUGCAUCAUUCAGUUGAUAAUGGAAGUAAGAUUUCCCAGUGACUGUGAAGCUGAUUAGAUUAUGCUACAAAGUCUUAUUAAAACAUACAACUCAUCCUUGCCAUACUGCAAUGUUUGUUCUUUUUUAAAAUAGUGAUGUCAUGUAAUAACUGUUAAAUAAUUUGAAAGACUUAUUAAUUUAUUCUAUUUUUUCUCAACCAUUCAUUUUGCCUAAAAUUGACUGGCCUAGGAUGAUGUAUUUUGUACAAGGUUAAAGAUAUCAACUCUCUUAAUACAGUAUUUUAUUAAGAGCUUUUUCUAGUUCCUUUUGUAUAAAUUUGAUAUUGCUGUAUAAUGUAUAUAUUGUUAGAUAAUUCAGUCUGUAAAUUUAUUAGUAAAGUGCAGAGAAAAGUUA